AUGGCACUGCCUUUAGCAACAACAGCAGAUCUGCCAUCAUCAUCCACCACCCGAGUUGUACGUGUAAGCGACACUCCGCUUUUAGACCUUGCUAAAAGCGGAAACUUCAUCACUCGUCAAGUUCCCGUGCCAUUUGAUGAUGCUGCAUUCACCAAUGCAGCACUGCUAGAAUAUACAGAUUCGUUGGGUGAACCGAUCGAUAUAGCUGUUGGACAAACAUUUAAGGACAAGAGUCGAUGCCAGUAUGUUCUAAGCCAAUUUGCAAUUCGCAAUAAAUUCCAGUAUAAGGUACUGUACUCAAAUUCCAGCAGAUUUAGUGUGGUGUACUUUGAAGAUAAAUGCAACUGGAGGGUUGACGCAAGUCGGUUGAAUGAUACCGGAAUAUUCAAGAUACGAAAUUAUAUGUCAGAACACAUGUGCGGCAUGUCGUGGAUGAAGAGUGAUCACCGGCAAGCAAACAUACAUGCAUGGCUGACAGAAAUCGGCUACGAAAGAUGGGCAUCGUCUCACUUUACAGGUAAAAGAUUCAACUUGGUCACCACAAAUAUAUCUGAGUGUGUUAACGCCCUCUUCAAAGAAGCGCGGGAAUACCCUGUUACCAAAUUGAUAGAGGCUGUAAGAUGUAAGAUACAAGAAUUAUUUUAUAAGAGAAGAGAAUCUGUAGCCUCAUUUGUCGGUCCGUUGACACCAUGGGCGGAGCAACAGUUGAAGGAUCUUAUACAGAAGGCGCGAGAUGUUCGCUGUCAUCCGAUUUCUCGAGAUGAGUAUCACGUCGUGGGAAAUUAUAAUGAUACAGUCAAGCUCAGCUCGCUUUCAUGUACAUGUCGUGAGUUUGACAUGAAGGGAUACCCUUGUUUGCAUGCCCUGUCCUCAUGUAUAAAUUACAAUCUUCCUCAUUACUCGUACUGCUCCCCAUUCUACACAGUGCAAAAUUACUUGAGCACAUAUAACGAAUCGGUGUACCCAGUACGUGAUAUGAGCGAAUGGGAGAUUACCGAUGGCUUCAAGGAGUACUGUGCGAAAAUUAAACCCCCGGGACAGAAGAGGCCAUCUGGAAGACCAAAAAAGUUAAGAAUUCCCUCACGUGGAGAAGAAUCAAAAACAUUAAAGUGCGGUCGAUGCAAACAAUCCGGACAUAAUCGUCGGACGUGCAAGUUUCCCAUACCUGAUGUGUAG